AUGGAGCAGCAGCUGCCUCUGGGGUGGCCGCGGGGGCCCCUGGGCGGGGGCCUCUUGGCGCGCGAGCAGCAGCAGCAGCAGCAGCAGCAGCGGCUGCUGCAGCAGCAGCAGCAACCCGGCUUCCUCCACAAACAAACCCGCACUCGCAGCCCCUUCCCCGUCGCUGCUCUUCGCCUUCCUCUUAUAGAGAACACAGACUCUCUAACGGAGCAAAUGCGGCGGCUGGAGUUGGCCCACGCGCUGCGGCAGCAGCCCCAGGGGGCCCCUGCUGCUCCCAGCAGCAGCAGCAGCAGCAGCAGCAGCAGCAGCAGCAGCAGCAGCAGCGGCAGCAGGAGAGGCGCGGGGCCUGCAGCAGGCCCCCUAGUGGGCCUUUCGGAGGCCCUGCUGCGCUCCACAAGCUGCAUCCGCCUGCCCCUCAUAGAGGGGCCCCCCGAGGGCCCCCACCAGCGGCUGGGGGCCCCCGCCCCUCGCCUGCGGGGCCCCCGGGGCCCCCGGGGC